AUGGGAAUGCAAGCACGCUGUCAGUGUGCCAAGGUCCGAUUCACUACGCCUCUCGAUGAACCCCUGGCUCUCUACGCCUGCCACUGCACCGAGUGUAGACAUCAGAGCUCUGCCGCAUUCGGCAUCACCGCCUCCUUUCCCUACUUCGAGCUCCCCGCAUCAGUAUCUGGGCUUGUGGGAAGCUACACGCGCAAGACCCUUACUGGGCGACACCUGGAAUGUUUGUUCUGCAAGAAUUGUGGCUCGAGAUUGCUGCAUCGAAUCCACGAGGCGAAGCCUGCUCCAGGAGAAGCGCCGUCGCCCACUGCUACCACGAACGUUAAGGGCGGGUGUUUGGAGGCAUUAGAUAAAAAGAUGAUGAGGGGGAUUGUUCAUAUAUGGACGGAAAAUGCCAUAAUUUAUAUUCCAGAAGGCGUAGAGCAGUGGCCAAAAGAACCUCAGAAACACUAG